UUCGAGUUUUUAUCUGUUUUUUUUCCUUUUCAAGCCCUCUGGCGUUCUUCACAGCUUUUCCCAAAUCCCAUACCCCUCCAGAUGGUGUCUUUGUCAGCCUCACCUUUCAAUAUAUUAUUUCUCGAACUUCGUUUUGCGGCUUUUACCAUACUUUCUUUCUUUGUCUUCAUCUUCUCCCCUGUUUUGUCUCCAAACAAUCGAAGCUUGGAGGCGGGUCGAGGGUAAAAUCCAGUAUGAGUCUGCAAUUGAAGCCAAUUCACCACCGUGGCCAGCAGCCGUAUCAACCCAGUUUCCGUGUAAACCAUUCAUUCAUUUCUUUGCUGCCCAAUUGCCAUUUAUUGAAUGGAAAACGAGGGGUUUCAAUAGAUGGGUCUGUUAGGCCGUUGGGAUUAUUACUCAACGAUCGGAGGAGAAGACGAAAUGGGGGCGGCGGCGGUGGAUUCGGUUACAGGAGUAUUGUGGCGUCCGGCAUUGCUCGUGCACCGAUUUCAGAUGGGUCGAAACCAGACAAAGGCUUUGUUUCUCCUCCCCUCAGUGACAUCCUUUGGCCUUCUGCAGGGGCAUUUGCAGCGAUGGCAAUGCUGGGGAAAAUGGAUCAGAUUCUAGCGCCAAAAGGGCUUUCUAUGACAAUUGCGCCAUUAGGAGCCGUCUGUGCUAUCCUGUUCGCAGCGCCCUCAUCCCCUGCUGCUCGAUACAAUAUGUUCAUGGCCCAGAUUGGGUGUGCGGCAAUUGGGGUUUUGGCGUUUACUUUGUUGGGGCCUGGAUGGCUAGCUAGAAGCUCUGCUCUGGCUGCAUCCAUGGCGUUCAUGAUCUAUACUGGUUCGACGCACCCACCAGCUGCAAGUUUGCCGCUAAUGUUCAUCGAUGGAGCUAAGAUGCAGCAUCUCAAUUUCUGGUAUGCUCUGUUUCCGGGUGCCGCUGGAUGUCUUCUCCUUUGCUUCAUACAAGAGAUAGUGGUGUACUUGAAGGAGAAGUUCAAAUUUUGAGUGUCACACAUGGAACAGCCAUUAUUGAAGGUGUCCCAAACCUCAUUUUUGUGAGUUUUGAUGGAAAAAUAAUUCUAUAAAUCUUAUUCCAAUCUUUUAUGUACUUAUGAAACGAU